AAAAGCCUCCGCGCCAUGCGGCCGGGCGGUGUCGCUGCCGCUCCGCCCACGGCCUUCGAUCGGCCAUCGCCAUUUUGCGUCAGCUUCCGCCGGAACGCCCCCGCGCAUGCGCGGCCCUCGUCUAAGGGGGCAUCGCGCACGCGUCCGGGCGACCCAUCUGGAGUGAUGGCGGGUGGCGGCGUCCCUGCGGAGUCCCGUGUGGGGCAAGUUGUAUUGCCGGGCGACGUGCUGCUGCUGCCCUCCCACCCCGAGCAGGACCUCGAGCGGCUGCCGCUGGGCACUAGCGCGGCUCCGCGGGGGCGGCUGCUUUGCGGGCCGGGCCUGCGGCGCUGUGCGGGCGGGCUGCUGGUGACCAAGUGCGGGCUGCUGCGGCACCGGCAGGCGGGCGGCGGGACGGCGGCGGGCGGCGCCUACUGGGUGGACUCGCAGCAGAAGCGGUACGUGCCGGUGAAGGGAGACCACGUUAUCGGCAUCGUGACGGGCAAGGUGGGGGACGUGUUCCGGCUGGACGUCGGCGGCAGCGAGCAAGCUUCGCUGUCCUACCUGGCCUUCGAGGGCGCGACCAAGAGGAACAGGCCCAAUGUGCAGGUGGGAGAUAUUAUUUAUGGUCAGUUCCUUGUAGCAAAUAAAGACAUGGAACCAGAGAUGGUCUGUAUAGACAGCAGUGGAAGAUCAAGUGGAAUGGGAGUAAUUGGACAAGACGGCUUCCUCUUUAAAGUUUCCUUAGGUCUGAUAAGGAAGCUCUUGGCUCCCAAAUGUGAAAUAAUUCAGGAACUGUCACAGCUGUACCCAUUUGAGCUGGUGCUGGGAAUGAAUGGAAGAAUAUGGGUAAAAGCAAAAACAGUCCAACAGACUUUAAUUAUAGUAAAUAUUUUAGAAGCUUGUGAGUACAUGACUGCGGAGCAGAGAAAACAAGCACUUGCCAAACUGUCAGGAAAUUGAGUAGAAGAAAGUUUGAGGAUUUGUAAUAACUGUAGAAUGUUCUGUUAUUUUUGUAUUCAGAUUUAUAUUAAAAGUGACAUUCUAAAUAAAGUCCUAGACAUUUUU